AUGGUACACGUUGGUUUCGAAAACGAAGUGAUAUGCACUUGUCAAGAGAAGGUACGUGGCGAGGAGGAGAAAAUGCGUGUGCUCGGUCAUGUCGGUGAAGGACUCUGCCUUCUUCUGCUGCUCUGCUCCCGGUCGCCGUGUGUCUCUCUCACUACUCGCUGCUGCUGCUGCGGGCAAAUCCCGACAUCAUCAUGGCGACCGUCACGGCAUCUGCUACGGGGAAUGGAGGCAUAUACUAGAGGCAUAUGGAAGACUUUUUUCGCUAUGGCAAGGGGUUUCAGCCAUGAAGACAUGAAAGACGCCAUGCUGAAGAAACUGGGACUGAGCGAGGUUCCGAAAAUCCACAAGAGGGACUUAGAGAACUUUGUAAUUCCAGCGCGCAUUAAGAACAAAUAUACUUCUAUGCUGAAACUGCAUCACGCAAGGAAGCGUCGCUCUCUGCCCAGUUUAGCCGGCAUCCUGAGGGGAAUCCCUGGUAAUGCAGACAUCUCUGGAGAGUUUGUAUACUCUGACAGGACACGUCAACGUGUCGUCUUUGAAAUGAAAUCAAGGAUCCCAGAAAACAGCGAAGUGGCCAUGGCAGAGCUGAAAUUAUACAAGAAAGUCCCACAUAAACGCUCCGUGCCGGAGAGAAAGGGCCACCGACCCGUCAACAACGCCCGGGUGAGCAUCUACUGGGUGGAACCCCUGGAAAACGGGUCGAACCGAACUUCACUAGUGGACUCUAGGUUGAUUCCCAUUCACGAGACCGGCUGGAAAAGCUUUGAUGUCACCCAGGCGGUGCAGUAUUGGUCGAAGAGACGCAUGGAGAUGCCAAUGCACCUUGAGGUGUGGAUCGAGGGCGAAAGACCCGGCAGUUACGCGGCAGAGAUGGCCAAGUGUAUCCACUUCACAACUCAAGAUCCAAACGACAACACUCUGGGAAAACCCGAGCUAGUUCUUUACACCCUCAACCUCGAAGAGUUUGGGUCUAGUGGAGACUGUGAAUCCAACAAGGACAAUGAAAUGUGCUGCAGGGGAAAAUACUUCAUCAAUUUCCGAGCCCUCACUUGGACCCAGUACUGGAUCAUCGAACCAUCCGGUUAUCAGGCGUUCAGGUGCACUGGCAGCUGCCAGCAGCCCAAGCUUAACUACGGUUACAGAGAGAGGAAAUGCGCCGUUGUGGAGAGCGCACCGUUACCUAUGAUGUAUUUAGUGAAAAAGGGAGACUAUACUGAGAUUGAGGUGGCUGAAUUUCCUAAUAUGAUUGUUGAAAAGUGUGGAUGCGCAAUGGAUUAUAUUUCAGUUGUAUGAAUAUGCCACUUAAUCAUCGGCCGGUCUUCAUGACGCACUGUACUUCAAGACUUAUUAGUGGCCGUUUACGUCUUUGCGGUAAAAAAGGUGUCUCGACGCGAGUCAACGGUCAGACUUCCAUUUAGCGCGUUUACAUAGCAAAACAAUUGAAUAACAGCGCGGACUGUGUGAACGGCCCCUUAGAGAAGGGGUGUUGGCAAUUUAACCCUUAUAAGAUACCUCAAGCACUUAGUAUAAAUUUGUAAAUAUUAAGUUGAUUUAUUUUUGCAUUUGUAUAUGACGUCACAUGAAGUGAUCGGAUUGAGAUGUUAUAUUUU